GCCCGAUACAAGUGUCCGGUUGAACUUCAUUGCUUCCGCGUUGAUCGCUAUAUGAUCUUCCUUCUCUCGUGACCUACAAGACGGCCAGACCCUCCCUUGUAUUUUCUCUCUGACCUCCUGAGGAGCCGGAUCUUUUCUCCUCAUUAUCCUACCUUCUUCCAUCUAAUCCACUAUGAGGACCACUAUUGCCUUCGCCGCCGUUUUGGCAUCAUGGUCCACGGUUAUUGCCGCCCCGGCCGCCAAGGGUGAAGGCUUUAUCUCCAACAGCCAACCCAGUGCCCACAAGACUGGCGGCAAAGAGUACGUCGUGCUUUUCAACAAGAACGAAACAGUGCCCCCUCAGGCCAAGGAAAUCCUCAGCCGCCUCCAGCUUAACGAAGACGAUGAUGACGUUGUGUACACAUUCAACAAUUCUGUAUUCCAGGGCUUCGUCGCCAAGAUGCAAGAUCAUUGUUUAGACGCCUUGAAUGCCAUGACUGAAGUCGCUCACAUUGAAGAGAAGGCAGAUAUUCGGUCCUUUACUAUUCGAUCUAACACGACUUGGGGUUUGCAACGCCUCUCUAACGAUGCCGGUGCUAAAGAGGAUCGUCUUGGUAACGCACAAACUUUUGGCUACACAUAUACGUUCGACCCGGCCACCGAAAAUCAACUCGCCCAAGGUGUUGAUAUCUACAUCGUUGACACUGGUGUCCUCAUUACCCAUGAAAUGUUCAAGGUCUUCAAACAGCCCAACGCGACCAGCCGCGUUACGCAGGGCUUCUCAUUCCAGAAACCAUCUACCGAUGGUGAUGGCCAUGGCACACACGUUGCUGGUACGGCAGCUGGACUCUAUUAUGGCGUAGGCUCCGGCGCCAAUAUCUACGCUGUCAAGGUCCUCGGCGAUACUGGCUCUGGCUCUUCAUCCGACACUAUUGCCGGCAUGAAUUGGGUUAUAAACAUGCACAAUAAACGCAAGACGCAACCUGGCUUCGUUGGGUCUGUCAUGAGCAUGUCAUGGGGUCUUGGCGGCAUCUCAAGCGUCGUUGACCAAGUCGUUGUAGGUGCCGUGGAAGCAGGUAUUCACGUUUCUGUUGCAGCUGGCAACGAUGGCAAGGAUGCGUGUACCUCAACACCUUCCCAUAACGGCGGUGCUAAUUCCGCCGUUGUAUCUGUCGGAUCCGUCAACAUUAACAACCAAAUUAGCACGUUCUCAAACACAGGAUCUUGCGUAGACAUCUAUGCGCCAGGUGAAGAGAUCGUGUCUGCCUGGAGAACCGGCGACAACAUCAUCAACACCCUCUCUGGCACUUCAAUGGCCUGCCCGCACGUUUCGGGCGUCAUGGCAUACCUGAUGGCUCAAGACCCCUCUCUUGGCCAGGAUCCGCCUGCUCUAAAGAAGAAGCUGCUUGCUACCGCUCGCCAGGGAAAGAUAUCCGGAAACGCGCUUCCAGGAGACGUGAAAUUGCUGCUGAGCAAUGGCGUCGAUGGCAAGGUGGCAGCGGAGCCACUACAGAAGCGGACCGUUACUGGAGGCACGGCCUCUUGGGUGGAAGAUCUCGUCGACAUUGGUCUUAAUGAGAGAUGGCAGAUGCAUUCCACAGUGUCCCAGCUGCGAUAUUAGAUCCCUUUGUUCUCCCCGAGAAACCGAUGUUAGAUGAAGUCGCAAGGAACGAAGAUACCCCUUAUUUUGCGUGGGAUAGAUCAAGAGGCAUUAGUGAUGCCCAUUCUUGGA